GCCCGAGACCAUCUUGCUCCAGGCCAUCCAAGCAGGCGACACACGCCAGCAGAGCCAGGACAAGGAUGUGCACACCCACUUCCGCUUCCUAUGGGAAACCUACAAGGUGAUCUUGGAUGUGCUGAAGUCCAACAGCCGACUUGAGGAGGCUCUUCAGUUUUUCGUUCGUGUUGCUGAGUUUGUUUGGUGUAUUUUGAUCUUUGUGGGGUGUUUGGCUGAAGAUUUCAGGAAGAAGGUUCUGGGGCUCAGCGAGCUGAUUUGCGCUGUUGUGGUAUGGAGUUUGCUUCAGUGGUUUUUGGUCGAGGGAUUUUGGGAUUCCUUUGUCGGGACGUUUGCAGAAUCCUGGUUAGCUUGUGAGGCUUACAACACCUCCUCAGAGAUCUGCGAUCUCAUGACGGCUCUUGGAAAGGUCAAUCAGCGACCGAAGCCACACCUUAGGUCCAUGUACUACGAGCAUCUCGGCCAAAUCUUCUGGAAGAGCGAGAACUACCUCUUCCAUGCCUUCGCUAGCCUGAAGAACGUCUUCUUCGUAAAGGUGCGAGCCAACGCCCGGUGUCUGGCUGUUUCUCAAGUAUGCCGAUUUUGCAUUGCACACGACGACGUCCGUUUGUUUUUCGCUGCCAGGGGUGAUAGGUGCUCCUAUGCGGGCCGUUGUGGGUUGUGGCAGUUUCCUGACCAUGCCCUGAUGCGCGCUUCCUCAAGCUGGUUUGUUGUACAUAUUGUGAGCCUGAAGGCCGCCAUAGUUCAAAUGCUUGUCGCAAAAGCGAGCUAUUUGUCUGUAUGGGCAAGCCUUGCUUUCCCGUACUCUACCCACAGAUGUAUUAAUUAA